GUGGUGGUGGUCGUGGUGGUGGUGAACGAGUGAGUGAGGUGGUAGUGGUCGUGGUGGUAGCGGACGAGUGAGUAAGGACGAGCUGGAAGGACGCCCUCUAACCGGCGUGAAGAUGGCCGAGGAGGAGGAGGGGGGGGUGAGGAGGAGGAGGAGAAGGACUCGAAGCUGGCGGCCGCCGCCUGCAUCGUGGCUGCCGCCUACCUGGGCACCAACAAGCGGCAGCGGAGCCGCGGAUGGGCCAUGAGCUGCGGCAACGGAGGAGGAGGAGGGGGCCGAGUGAGGUCCGUGUGGGAUGCGAGCCAGGAGGUCUUCCUCAUCGAGUGGUUCCACGCUCGCGUGCAGGUGCUCGGUGAAUAACAUCGGAGGAUCACCCAGCAGUGGAUUGACUACGACUGACGAUGACAUUUCGUGUUGGUUGGGGGGGGGGUGCCGGUGGUCAGCCCCUGGGGGAGAUUACGCCGAGGGGCUAUGCGCCCCCAGAGGACAUCAACCAUGGAGAUGGAGCGAGCGACGGGAUCAGUUGGUUGUGAUCACCGGUUCAUGUGGGAUCCUUCGAACCCAGAUUAUUUCAAGAGGGACAAACGCAACAGAAAAAUGAAUGAACUCUGCGAGCAGCUGGGCGGUGAUGCCCACGGGGUACCCUUCACAGGGGAAGAGAUCAAGUUUAAAUGGAAGAACUUGCGGAGCAUCUAUUUCAGAGAGGUGAAGAAGGUGGAGGAUGCGGACCGGAUGGGAAGUGGCCGGUCAAACGGAUACUACCCCAAGUGGCAUCACUUUGAGCGGCUCGGCUUCUUGCGAGAGGCUAUGCAGUCGCGGUGCGGACGGUACACCUUCAACCAGUCGGCGCUGGACAAAUUUGUUACCGACGCUCCCACGCCCGCCGCGCCCUCGCCCAACACGCCGUCGUCGCCGGCGCGCUCACCCACGGAGCUGGCCGCGUCGCUGCAGGCCAUGCCCUCGCCCUGCCCGCCCUGGGCCUCGCCCUCGGCGCAGAGCAUGAGCGGCACGAGCUGCCUGUCGGACGAGGACACCAAACCCCUGAGCUGCGUGCGGCAGCUGCGCAACGACGGGCUCGUCGUCGGCGGGGGCGGCAGCGUAGGAGGCGGACGCGAUGUCAUCGGCGAUGUCGGAGGACUCGGAGGUGGGGCGGGAGGCCGGGGAAUUGGAGGCGGCGGGGGGGCGGGAGUUGGGAGCGUCCGCGCCGAGCAGCUUCUGAACACGGCCAUGACGCACCUCGGCGGGUCGCGGCGGGGGACGGAGAGCGCCGACGACAUUUUCGGGAAGUACAUCGCCAUGUCGCUGCGCGAGAUGCCGCCGCGGAAAAGGGAGCGGGCGCGACUGGCGCUGCACAAGACGCUGCACGACAUCGCCGUCAGCGACGAUUAGCGGCCGCCAAUCCCCCCCCCCCCGCACAGGUAUCGUCGCAACGUACCGUGGAAGAGGGCGAUCGGAUAUUUUAGUUUUUGCGAACAAGGUGGGCCUGCAGAAAGCCGCCAGUCGGAGACGGCCCUACACUGGGUCCCGUUUACCCUUCGCAGUGGCGUCGCUUAAAUGGGCUCUCGCAUUUUGUUCGUCCAGGCUCGGGACAUCGAUUAGGUCAAGGGAAGGUGCUAGAGACUUGAUUUUAGCGAGUGGACAUUUGGACGUGGAUUUUAUCACUGUGUAGCAUGUAAGCGCAGAAGAGUCUGCGAAUAGAAAUAAGACUUAGAAAAAGGAAGCCAUGUGGUUUUCUACAUUAAUCGAUUUGAAAUCAACUUUUGGUAUUUAUUCAACACCGACAUGCGCGACUGAACCAUUUUUCUGAGUCGGCAUUUCAACAUGAAUAUGUAUUAGUACAUCAGCCUAUUAGCGUUGCAGACCAACAUUAUCGAGCAGCAUUUGUUUAAGCAAGCUAAACUAUGGACAGAUGUCGAUGUUCAGUCACAUCAGCAGUCAGGCUUGUUAAACAUGCUGCUGGAAUACCAGAUGGUAUUGGCGAGAGCACUCCAUAUAAAAUACGUGACCCCAUUCAAUGCAAAAAGCAACAUCAACUACUAUUUGCCACUAAGUAGCCGUGACAUCACCACGGUGCUUUUUCCAGGAUAGGUAAACUGUAAAGGCUGGCAGGCAGGUCAUGAGACAGACCCAGCUGCCAUGGGUUGACUUACUGAGAUGACUGACAAUUGCACCACGUGCUCUCCACUGUGGCCAGCUUGCCGCGUUUUAGCCGCCAGGCGCUCGGCUCGUUGCCGCGAGCAUCACCCCUCCACCCUCUGUUGUUGCUGGAGGGAGGCUGCCUUCAACUGCCCAGCCGCAUCCUUCACCAGCCUUCUCCACGGAGGCCGAUCUUGACAGGUGGUGCCCAUCGUCGGCAAGUCCAAUCGGUUCCACGUCCUUCUUUACCGCAUCAGUCCAUCUCUUCUCAAGCCCAUGCCAUGCCGGUUUAGCCCUCUCUAUCCGGCCAAAGAGAAGCUGUUUGGGGAUACGGUGGCUAGGCAUGCUGGCUACAUGAUCCAGCCAACGCAGCCUUGCCUGCCGGAGGAGCUCACUUAGGGAACUGUGUCCAGAUCGUUCGAGGAUCUGUGAACUCCUCGCACAAUCUAGCCUGGUUAAACCCAGGAUGGAUCGUAGGCAGGUCAGCCUGAACGUUUCAAACCGGUGCAGAUGUUCCUGGGUGGUGCUCCGUGUUUCGCAAGCAAUAGAGAAGGGUGGGUAUAACUGUGGCCGGGAAGACCCAGACUUACAUUACUCUCUCAGCCUCCCUCUAUGGUACACACACACAAAAUGCUAAAUUAAAUACCCUACACACUCAUGUGUUGCCAUAGUGAAGGUCAAAUCCGGUCUGGGAAGCCAAUAGGCCUCUGGACUAACACAUUUUUUAUUUGUAUGUCGAGACACUCAAUGGAGUUCGGCUUAUUUAUAUUUUUCCAUGAUCAUUCAGCCCCCUCUCCUCUCCUCCCGGUAGUUAAUACAGCAGAUUACCAAAGCACACCGAUAGCUGUAACGUAGACGGUAACAACCCCUGUGUAGUAUUUUGCAAGAGCGGACCAUUGCACAUCCUUGUGAUCUGCGGCAAUCUUUGUAAAUAACCUGCAAAUUGUACAAAAAAAAAUUAACAAUACGUCUAACUAUGGAUAGCCAGAUAUCUUUAAAAAACUGUGUUCUAUUUGUUUGCUUAAUUGAUGAAGUAACACAAAUUUGUUUAUCGUGAGAAGAUGUGAGUGUUUAGCAGCGUCCACUUAUGUGGGUGCGAUGACAAAAUCACCCGGAAUGUGUCCAGUCUCACUAGAUCUCGGAAGCUAAGCAGGCUUGAGCCUGUUUUAGUGUGGGGGAGGGUGACCGCCACGCACAGCCGGUUGCGAUAGGUUUCUGCGGGGCUAUGUGGUGGGUAGCGGAGGGCAUUGCGGCAAAUUAAUUUGUUGGCAUGUGCUUCCUACGUUUCCACAUCUGUGCUUCCCCCACCUUCAAGUCGCGCUGACCGCCACGGCGAAGUAUGGCGAAACAAAACCGAAAACCCCGACGGCGUAGGGAGGCCCUCAUCCAGCAGUGGAUUGACAAAAGGGCUGUACGUUCACAUUUUGCAAAUGUCAGCUCCCAUUUGAUUUCACUAUUCGACCACCUCUGGAUUAUGUGAUUCGAGCGGGGGGAGAGAACAUUGUCAGCAAAACAUAGAGAAAUGUUCGUCUGUUUUUUGUAAUAUUUAACAAAUAGUACCUGUACAUUUUAGCAUAUGAAGUUUAUACAAUUGUAUUGAGCACUGUUUAUUGAAAGUAAAAAAAAAAUCUCCACGGGCUCAUUCAAUAUAAUACAUAUUCCCACCACUCAGUGUUAUCCAGGUGAGAUUCACGUGGAAACUGUCAAGAAAAUCCUCACAAAUCUGAUCAGAACACCAUUAAUCACCCUAAAGAGUAGCCGAUGUCAUCUGCUUUCGGAAACCAAGGUUGGUUGUGCCUGGCUAGCCCUUCGAUAGGUGGCCACCAAGAGAUGGCAAGUAUGAGACGGCGAGGUAGGCCGGGAGGGGAGCCCGUGGUGUAGCGGUUAACGCGCCGCGCUACGAACCCGGCGACUCGAGUUUGAUUCCGUCUCGUGGCCAACACCAGUGACGAUUCUAGAUUUGAAGCUUUUGUGACUGCAAGGCUUCAUAUUCUUAGGUUUUUUCGGUAAAGUCACGUAGGUAAAAAAAUUAAAUUAAUAAAAUGAAAUAAAAAUUAAAUAAAAAUCACGACGUUUGAUACAGCUAUCGUGCUGUGACGGUCCUACCUGAAGACGGAAGCUUGUGUUGCCUCCGAAACGUCGUGAUUUUUAUUUAAUUUUUAUUUAAAUUUUUUACCUACGUGACUUUACCGAAAAAACCUAAGAAUACCAGUGACGAUUGUCUGGAACUGGUCCUGAGCCCUCUGCGACGUCGACUCGGUAUCAAAUGAGUACCUGGUGUGGUGUGUAAACAUCCGUUACUCGAGACGCAAACGCAGCCGUGCGUGCUGCCGGCCACCAAGCCCCUCGUGUGCCGUGCCGGCUUUAAUAGGUGCUCGCUAACAGUGCUUUCCCCCAACGGUCUGUUCAGACUAUGAGGGGGAUUCUUUUAUCUUUGGUGGCCAGGAGGUGGUAGCGUUGGGUGCUACCGCUGCUAUUCGUGGGUUUUCCCCGUGUAUUCCCAAUUUCCUCCCAUAUGGCAACCCCUUGUAUUUGACCGAACAUCCAACGCAGGACGCUGCUUAAACAUGUUUUGAGGCUUGGUGAAGAUAUCCUGGGUAAAUGAUUGGUGUUAUGUUUUUUUUACUGCAUUUUAAAUAUCUGCAUGAACCGUCCGAUUCGGUUCAAAAGUGUUAAGAAAGAAUGUUUGCUUUGUGUUGCACCACACACUACCGUCGCAGUCAAAAGUAUUGAGGAGCGGCUUGCCAGACAGACAUCUCUAGGUCAGCACUGCUCAGAAUACCGUAUCAUUCCCCGUACAGAUCUUUCUGGCGAUCCACAUUUCAAACCUGCGUAGUUUUUUUUGCGGUCUAUAGCUGAGUAAUUUUAUUUAAAAAAAUAACUAAUUGGUUACCCGAUUAUACUCUCGUUCCGUGGUUCAGAACAAUUUAAUUAAUAUGGGAAUUGAUUUAGUGAGUAGUGUCGACUUGGCUGAUGUGCAAAGAAGUGGAUUCUUCACCCCACGUUUGCCCAAAGCAUUCCUUAAAAUGUAUUUUGUGGAUCAUGUCAUCAAAUUGGCAAAUUGUGAUUGGUCCGAGGUGAGCGUGAUUUUCUACUCUCUGCGUUUGUCUCAUUGUCGUUCUGAUGUUUGGCCACGUUCAGGUAAGCGACUGUACCGCUUAGGCCUGGGUAUCUGAUGCUCGUUCCGUUGAAACGAUAACAUAACGUGCGACUGUGUGUAACCCCCGUGAUUUUAUUUGGCACACGUCAUGUGACGGGUAACUGCAAGAUCUGACCGUGUCUGACCAGUGCUGCUGAGCUUCAUUCGUUUCCGGUUUGCUGAAAGAAUACGUUAUGUCGCACUCAUUACACACAUUGAGCUUGCCACAAAUGAACCAGAAUAUCUUGCCGAUCUCGUCAAGGUGCAAUAAACCAUCACAGAAACUCUGGUCAUCCUCGCAUCGACUUUGGCCUAACCAUCAAACAAAGACGGGUCACCGCAUCGCGCGCUUUCAGAUGCGCUUCUGCGGCCGUCUGGAACGCUCUUCUGAUAUGAGGAAGCCACUUGAGCUAUGCACUUUUAAAUCUAAAUUGAAAACUAAUUUCGUUAGAAGUGCUUUUUGUGUUUAGUUUAUUGUCCCCCCCCCCCGCACCUCUGAUAAGCACGGGUGGCUACGUACGGUGCGAAAGAAGUUCCACAUCAUGGCUGACACAAGUAAUGGUUCUCAAGCUAUGGACGUUAAAGAACGGAGCAUCGGAACAAUUCCACGGAAGUCAUUUUCAUUGUUAAACCUGUGUCACGAAGAAAUAAUGCCUUGAACGGACACCCGUGAACAUGACCCGCGUGGUUGAACGCCAUCCACCACGUGACUAUAAGUUUAGAGGCCUUACAAUGUAAUCUCUUGCCUGGCGCGUGAGAGUUCAGAAUGGCAACACGAAUGCUGUUAAAAAAAUUAGUAGUCUUGUGCUACUUUACCAUUACCAGAAUAUAACGUAUCGAAACAAAUGGUCACUUCAUUGCAAGAUGUUGUCGACAAGCUGUGUCAUUUUACAUUUCACUAAUUGCAAUAAACUUGCAUUUGCGCAAUAGUACGAA